AUGUCAGCGGGAGAGAACAUCGUCUCCACCACCCUCGUCUUCGACCCCCGAAAUCUGGAGAUUAAGACGAAAAGCAUCGAGCACACCCUCGUGCCGCUCGUCUCACAGAUCACGACCCUGGUGAACUUCAAGGAGUCGGUGCUGUCGGGGGGAAAGCCGAAAUCCGAGCGAGCCAUCAGGGCGGCACUGAAGAUUGGCAGCUCGGUGGAGGCGGCCAUCGAAAGAUUUGUUGCGGUUGGUGAGACGAUAGCCGACGAGAAUCCAGAUAUACAGCCCGAAAUGUAUGAUGCUUGUCACGAGGCCAGGAUGGCUGGGGCUUCGAUCGCGAAUCUGUCUUGUGUGACGGCUGAACAUCUACCAGAAACCGCCGUUCUCGAUAAGGCAGUGCUGGUGCGUGCGAGUCGUCAAUUGUUGUCUUCUGUCACCCGUGUUCUUCUAUUGGCCGAUCGAGUCCUUGUCAAGCAUAUUCUUCGCGCCGAAGAUAAGGUUGCAUACUCGUUGUCACGCCUCGAAUCCACCCGAAAUUUCACGGAAUUCGUGCGUAUCUUUGCGGAAUUCGGCGGCGAAAUGGUGGAUUUGGCCCAUCGAUCCGGGGAUAGACAGCAUGAUCUCAAGAGCGAAAAGCGGCGUACCCAGAUGGCCGUAUGUCGACAAUCCCUCGAGCGAAUGACGAUGCUUCUUCUAACAGCAUCAAAGACUCUUUUGAGACAUCCAGAUUCUGAUUCUGCCCUCCAAUGCAGGGAUGGCGUCUUUCAACAGAUGCGACUGGCGUGUCAACUGAUGGCAAUCUGUAUUUGUGAUGGGGUAUUGCCACUCGAUACGAAUAGAUAUUCACAGGGAAUACUGGAAGAACCACUCGAUAUCGGAAUACAAUUGACUGCUAAUGCCGCUAUCAAACAAUUGACGGAAAUGCUGGAUAUGGUUCGAAUGACAUGUCGUGUCGGCGCUGGGGUCCGUGAGAGACUAGUGGCCGCACUGGAUGCUCUCUGUGAAAUGACACAGGAUUUCACCGACUCGGCCUAUACCCCACAUCAUCAUCGCGAACAAAUAUUGGACUUUUUGGAGGAAUGCCGAUUUGAGAUGACAAAUCUGAUACAACCAGAGAUUGGGACCGAUCGAGAGGACGUAAUGGGCGGAGAUCCACUUCGAAAUGAGGGCCUCGAGGUGACGGUAGAGAGGUUGAGCCGCAGAUUACGAGAUCUAUCGAAACAACUGCAGAUUGUGGCCAUGGAUCAGGUAGCAGAAGUUUUCCGAGCGAACGAAGAUCAAGUCUUGCUCUCCUCGAUUAAGGCGUGUGCCGUUUCCGGUGAUAUUGAUGGCGUGGAAAAGUUUAUGGACAAAUUCCGAGAACACGCAGAACAUAUGCAAGAAGUGUGCCGCCUGCUCCAUCACAUCUCCCUAACUGACGCCCUCCACGUGAAUACGGGCCAUUGCGAGAGAAAUAUGAGGGCACUCGCACCACUUUGUCUACUAGCCGGCCGUACCCUGUGUCUCCAUCCAUCCAGUCGGAUCGCCCGCGAAAAUCUCGAGGUAUUCUGCGAUACAUGGGGCCAGACAGUCAACGAUCUCUCUCGCCUAUCAAAAGAAGCCGAUUCGGCGGCGAGCGGUCGCGUCGCGGCCGAGCGCCAGGCCUACAUGUCACUCCCACGACCAGGGAAACACGGGACGACGACGAAACCGUCGAAACCGAUUACGCUCGAUGUCGAGGAUCAGCAAAAGAUGGCGAAAGUGGGGCUGGAGAUGAAGUUGUUGACAUCGGAAGUGGAUGCUGAAGCCGAGAAAUGGGAUGAAUAUGCCGAGAAUGAUAUUGUUAAGAGGGCCAAGGCGAUGUCUUCCAUGGCAUACAAUAUGUAUUUAUUCACUCGUGGUGAUGGCCCUCUCCGUACAACUCAUGAUCUUUUCACACAAGCUGAAUUCUUUGCCGAACAAGCCAAUAAAAUGUACAAAACUGUCAGGGAAUUCAGCUAUGAGGUGCCCGGCAGUGCAGAAAAGAGUGAACUGUCAUCAAUUCUCGAAAAGAUCCCCGUCCAUUGUCAACAAUUACAGGUGCUUGUGAAGAGUCCGACCGUUGGGAAGACGGCCACUUUUGGAAAGGUGGAUUCUGUGAUUCAAGAAACGAAAAAUUUGAUGAACGAGAUCGCCAAGCUGGUCACCGCCUCUUUUGUCUGUGCCACAAAGUACGAGAUUGAGUUCCGAGGCGGGUCGAUGCCACGAGCUGUGGUUGACGGCGAGGUACGG